CUCUUCGCAGAUUCACACACUCCCCUUUCAACCAUGGCAACAGGCCAACCUUUGAGGGGAGCUGUUCGGGCUCUGUCCUGGACUCGUGUUCUUCCCCCUCGGGCGCGACAAGGAGCUUUGCUGCACCGCGCAUGCCAGGCCAGAGGCGUCCAGAUUCGCGCUGCGCCCGCGGAACAACCUGCGGUCAAUGGAGACAAUCUCCCUGUGUCCAGCACUCCCACAUCAGCUGAAUCCGCUGAUGCUCGGUUCGAUGUCAUCGGCGCACCCUACUCGCUCCUGUCGGUUUCACUUUCCGCUUCGCAGAAUCUGUACACUCGCCGAGGGUCGUUGGUUGGGUUGAGUGGGAAAGCAGACAAUGUGAUUUCCACCUUGAGUGUCCUCGAACCUUUCCGGAGAGCUGUUGUCGGCGUGCCGUUUCUCUAUCAGAAGAUAUCCUCCGCCAGCCCGGUGACGGCCCUGGUCUCCGUCCGCUCGCCAAAUACCUCUUUUGCGGUCGUACACCUCAAUGGCUCGGUCGACUGGAUGGUCGCUCAAAGGCGAGCGCUACUUGCCUGGACGGGUCGUUCGCUCUCGAUUCGACCCACCAUCAACACGAACCUGAGCCUGUCCCACUGGGGUAGCUCUGAGGUCACUGGCAGAGGAUUGUUGGCUCUGGUUGGCAACGGCCAGCUGUAUUCGGUCGAGCUCAAGGCCGGCGAGCAAUACAUAGUCCAUCCCAGCAAUGUUGUUGCUUACACUAUCUCGUCGAACCCCCCUCGUCCCUACCGUUUCAAGUCUACGACAUUGAAGCUUCAGGUUCCGGGCCUUAAGAGCCUGCCUGCCUUCAUUCAAAGCUACAUUCAGAGUUCCAAGUUCCUCCAAGCUAUGUCCGAAGCGGAUACUUGGAAGUCUACAAUGAAGCUGGUUCACAGGCUUCGCACCUGGUCUCGAAUGACCAUCUGGGGAGACAGGCUGUUCCUUCAAUUCGACGGCCCUACAACUAUUCUCCUUCAGACCCGCGGGCCUCGCAUCAACGAGGUCCUGACGAAGCACGAGGUGAACGAGCUUGCUAGUGCUCCGCGUGGAUUGACCAUUGGCCCAGCGAAGCCUCCAACACCGGCGGAGGAAGCAUCGCGGAAAGCAGCAGAGGAGGCGGUAAAUGCUGCCCCUGUCCCUUCCCGGACGCCGGACGACUUGUUCCAAGAAGCAAAGGGCACGUCGCAGAGCGUCGCCAGGCUCACCAAGGAUGGCAAGGUGGUUUUCGAGAAGCUGGAAUAAGCCAGUUGAGUGUUUAAGCAAUCUGUUUCAAUUAUUCUGCUUCGUUGCAUAAGUCCGAGUUCAAUUAUUGGAGGGUUCAUUUUCAUUGCAGGCUCAAUGUACUAUAGACAGCAUGCGUCCGAUCGUACGCCAAACUCUCUUCAUGAAUCCCAUAUAUUGCUAUCGCG